GAUGGCAGAGAGAACAUACUCAGCCCGCUGGAAAAGGGCAAAAAGAUUGGAAGAAAAAUGUGCACGCGACGCUGCAUCAGACGUCUUACCAACAAACGUUGCUCUUCAGUGUCGUUCACUGCUUUUUCAACACCAAGAACAUACAGGAGAGGGGGCUUAUGCCGAUCACAAUUGUGCAGAUGAGAGAGAUGUUGAAGACUUACAGUCCCAGAGCAGAAAUAACGAUAUGGAAACUAAACCCCCACUCAGACAUUCAAUUGCACAGUGGGCAACCGAAUAUCAAGUGAAACACAAUGCAGUUGAUGCUUUGUUAAAGAUUCUGAUAGGAAAUGGACACUCAGAGCUGCCAAGUACAGCAAAAACACUGCUUGACACCUGCACAAGUGUUGAGUUUAAGUUGAAAUCAGGAAUGCAGUAUGUUUACCUUGGCUGCAAAGACCAGCUCCUGAAACAUUUGAAAAUGUAUCCGCAACAGGACAUCUCUGAACUAGAUUUCAUUGACAUCUCCCUCAACAUUGAUGGCUUGCCACUUUUCAAAAGCAGCAAGGACACUCUAUGGCCAGUAUUGUGCCAACUGAAUUUAACUCCUCCCACAGUUUUCCCACUGGCUCUCUGUUUUGGUUUGUCAAAGCCAACUAAUCUUGACUUUCUCAAUGAUGUUGUUGGUGACCUUUGCAGUAUUACAGAAAAUGGACUUGAGACAGACAGUGGUUUCAUUAGGGUGAAGCUGCGUUGUGUCACAUGUGAUGCCCCAGCCAAGGCUCUGGUGAAGUCCACAAAGCUGUAUUCAGGUUAUUUUGGAUGUGACAAAUGUACACAAAAAGGAUUGUGGGAUGGCAAACGGGUGGUAUAUCCAGAAAUUACCAAUCUCACAUUGAGAACUGAUAAAUCAUUCCGAGAUCAGUCUCAGGCGGAGCAUCACCUGCACUCUGUGGUGUCUCCAUUUUGCCAGCUCCAGAUGAACAUGAUUGGGCAAUUCCCUGCAGAUUAUAUGCACCAGUGUUGUCUUGGGGUCAUGCGCAAACUGAUCCUUUUGUGGAUGAGGGGGCCGCGGGCAGUCAGAUUGUCAUCUGGACAUGUUAAGCAGGUCAGUCUUAAGCUUCUGAAGCUUCGAACGUGCAUUCCUAAUGUGUUUGCAAGGAAACCAAGAGGCUUGGAAGACAUUGACAGAUGGAAGGCCACAGAACUGAGACAGUUUGCCCUCUAUACUGGAAAAAUUGUACUACGGGGCAUUCUUUCAAAGGAGCUCUAUGAGCACUUCCUGGUUUUUAGUGUGGCAUUAUCUAUCCUUGUUUGUCCGAGGCUGGCAAAUCAGUACAAUCACAAUGCAGAGGAGUUGUUGGUAUACUUCAUUGACCAGGGAAGGCAUUUGUAUGGUGAUGAGUUCCUUGUCUACAAUGUUCACAGUUUGGUACACCUGGCAUCUGAUGCAAACCUUUACGGCAGUCUGGAUGAGUGCAGUGCAUUCUCUUUUGAGAAUUACUUGCAUCAGCUGAAAAGAUUGGUUCGUUCUGGGCGAAAUCCUCUCUCACAGAUUGUGAGGCGGCUUGGGGAAGCAGACAAAGUGAGAAAGAUACACUGUGAAGCAAAAAAGUCUGUAGAAGUGAAACAACCCAACAAUGUAUUCAGUCUUAGUGACCAAGAGUGCUGUGAAGUUGUUGCAGUCUCUGGUGAGACAGAGCAUGAGGGAAAGAUGUUGCUCUGUCGUGUGUAUGAUCGACUUGAGCCAUACUUCAUGAAGCCUUGUGACUCCAGGCUUAUUGGUGUCUACACAGCCAAAGAUAGUCACACUCGGAUGAAAACACUAUCUGAAAGGCAUUUGGGCAGGCAGGCAUUUAUGACAGAGGCAGACAAUGGUUUGAGGAUUGUAGUUACCAUCCUCCAUUCGUUCUAAGGAGUUAACAGACUUCAUCUAACUGUAAAUAGUGGGAACAUAUUUUUUUUGUAUUGUUCACUUAUUUUUUCCCCUAAACAAUAAUAUUGAUUGGCAAUUGUAAGCCACACAGCCAGACGUGUCCACUGAACCCUCUAUAAAGGGCUUUCCUACACCCUCAGUACAUGAGUGCCCCCCACCCCCUUUUUUUUCCUCCUCUUUUACAACUGCUGCAAAUGAAUCAUAUAGACACAUGCAUUCAGGUGAACACAAAACAGUUUGCAGUUGUGAUCUUCCUCAAAACAAACACAGUGGAUGUUGUGCCAACCAACUGGAUUCAGACUAUAAACAAGGCUGUGUAUUGCUACUGGCCAAAACCAGAAAACAAUGUGACCAAGAAGAUCAAGAAGAGAGAAAUCCCGGACCAAGAACGAUGGACCAAGGAUAAAAUCAAGAUUUUGAAACUCACAGACACAUACACAAAGGCCAGAGCAAAGGUCAACGAAGCAUUAGUCACGUCAAAUUUAGAGAGUGACCAGGAGGAGGAAAUUUCCCGCAGGAAGAUUGUUGCGCCUGUGCGGUACCAAGAUUCUGAUACCGAAAUAGAUCAACCUGUAGCCAAACGAGUGAAAAGAACUAUCUCAGUGCCACAGAUGCCGACAAUGCCUUCCUUCAACCCAUCACUGGAUUUAUUUUCAGCCGGGGAUGACGAGAAUAGUUCAACUUAUCCCACAGGAACCAGCAGUUUCAAUGCGCUGCAGAGCAGUGGCCAAGGUCCCUCCCUCACCAGCACUCCAAUUGUAGGUCCCUCCCCCAUCAGCACUUCGAAAACAACUCCAAGCGAUCAAAAUGAUUCCUGCAUACCACCGUAUGUGAGGUCCAUCUUUAUGAGGCUGGACAAGAUUGAAGAUUCUCUUGCUACCAUAAAGACCAUUUUAAUGAAAGAUGGGAGGUCUGCUGACCCUGAGAUUGAAGAGCUCACCAGUCCACUAAAGACUGCAGCAGCACUUGAAGCAGUUUGUGACAAACUAAAUGAUGCAGCUCACAGGAAGAAAGUGGUCGAUUACCUGUCUCUGCUUGGAGGUACAACACCCGGUGACUCGGUCAGACGAAUUAUGAGGAGGAUUGGAACCAAUGCCCUUUGGGCAAACUACAGUUUGAAGGGCCGCAAGGGGAAAAGAAAAUUCCAGGACCUGGCGAUAUAUCCAGUCAUAGUCAAGGCCUGCCAGAAGAACCAUUCCAAGACCCUGCAGAAGACAAUCGAAAGCUGCAUAUCAGAUACCCUUAGAUAUGCUCCCCACAGAAGGACUCAGGUGGAUGAUGCAAGUGGACCAUCCAUGACUGAGGACAAUAAUGCAGGGGGACUGAUUACUGAAAAUGAAGCAGAACUUGAUGGGAGCAGAACUCCCACACUUUAUUCAGACUUUUCUUUUUUUCAAAUCACGUUAUUGUGAUAUUAAGAGGUUGGUGAUAUAAAAACGCAUGUCAUCUUUUUUUUUUUUUUCUUGUGGCAGAAUAUUAAUUUAGUUUAGUUCAUUUUAAAGUACUGGUACAAGUACAAGCUACAAACUUUCAUGUUGAAAAAUAAAGAAAAGAGCCAUCUGUUUGAACUUUU